GGGCCGCCCCCGAGGAGGUGCCAGGCCUUGGCUGCUCCGGUCUCUCCUUCCUGGUCCUGCGGGGCAGGGACUGUCUGUAGAGCCGUGGGAGGGCACGGUGCCCUGACCGGCCCAGGUGUCCCCGGCCUGGCCCCAUGGCCCUGGUCACAGUGAGCCGCUCCCCCCCGGCCAGCGGCCACUCCACGCCCGUGGGGCCCACGCAGGGCCAGGCAUCCAAGCGGAGAAGCCGGCUCCAGCGAAGGCAGAGCUUUGCAGUGCUCCGUGGGGCUGUCCUGGGACUGCAGGAUGGAGAAGACAAUGGAGAAGCAGCUGAGGCCGGCCCGGAGGCAGUGGAGAGACCCUUGGGUGAAAAACAGCCCCACGGGGACCAGACAGAUGAUGGGCAAGGGCUCCAGAGUCCCAGGAAGCAGGAGCAGAGUCAGCAUCUGCAUCUCAUGGUGGAGCUCCUGAGGCCACAGGACGACAUGCGCCUGGCAGCCCAGCUGGAGGCAGCACGGCCCCCCCGGCUCCGCUACCUGUUGGUAGUCUCCACAAGGGAACACCUGAGCCAGGAUGAGACAGUCCUUCUGGGGGUAGACUUCCCCGACAGCAGUUCCUCCAGCUGCACCCUAGGCCUGGUCUUGCCACUCUGGAGUGACACCCAGGUGUACCUAGAUGGAGACGGGGGCUUCAGUGUGACGUCUGGUGGGCAAAGCCGGAUCUUCAAGCCGAUCUCCAUCCAGACCAUGUGGGCCACGCUCCAGGUGUUGCACCAAGCCUGUGAGGCGGCUCUCGGCAGUGGUCUCGUGCCAGGGGGCAAUGCCCUGACCUGGGCUGCACACUACCAGGAGAAACUGAGCUCUGACCAGAGCUGCCUCAACGAGUGGAUGGCCAUGGCCGACCUGGAGUCUCUGCGGCCUCCUAGUCCCGGGCCUGGCCGGCCCUCGGAACAGGAGCAGAUGGAGCAGGCGAUCCGGGCUGAGCUGUGGGAGGUGCUGGACACCAGUGACCUGGAGAGCGUCACUUCCAAAGAGAUCCGCCAGGCCCUGGAGUUGCGCCUGGGCCGCCCGCUCCAGCAGUACCGAGACUUCAUUGAUAACCAGAUGCUGCUUCUCAUGGCCCAGCAAGACCGUGCCUCCCGCAUCUUCCCCCACCUCUACCUGGGCUCGGAGUGGAAUGCAGCCAACCUGGAGGAGCUACAGAGAAACAGGGUCAGCCACAUCUUGAACAUGGCCCGAGAGAUUGACAACUUCUACCCCGAGCGCUUCAUCUACCACAACGUGCGCCUCUGGGAUGAGGAGUCAGCCCAGCUGCUCCCCCACUGGAAGGAGACACACCGCUUCGUGGAGGCUGCAAGAGCGCAGGGCACUCGGGUGCUUGUCCACUGCAAGAUGGGCGUCAGCCGCUCAGCUGCCACGGUGAUCGCUUAUGCCAUGAAGCAGUACGGCUGGAGCCUGGAGCAGGCCCUGCGCCACGUGCAGGAGCUCCGGCCCAUUGCCCGCCCCAACCCGGGCUUUCUGCGCCAGCUGCAGACCUACCAGGGCAUCCUGACUGCCAGCCGGCAGAGCCACGUCUGGGAGCAGAAAGUGGGUGGGGCCUCCCCAGAGGAGCCCCUGGCCCCCGAUGUCUCCAUACCAUUCCCACCUCUUCCACCAGAACCAGGGGGCAGUGGGGAGGUGAAGGCUGUGGGUCUGGAGGAGAGCCAGGCAGCCCUGAAAGAAGAGCCUGGGCCACGGCCCCGUAUCAACCUCCGGGGGGUCAUGAGGUCCAUCAGCCUCCUGGAGCCUCCCCCCGAGCUGGAAGGCACCUCAGGGGACAGUGACCUGCCAGAGGUGUUUUCAAAUGAAUCUUCAGAGGAAGACCCUCCAGAGCCUCUCCCUCAGCUCUCAAAGGCCAAGGGAGGCCGGCGUUGUGGCAAGGGGCCUUGGCCUGCCCUGAAAUCCCGCCAGUCUGUGGUUGCCCUCAACAGCGCCGCCCUGGUGGCCAGCCGGACCCAGGCCUUCCAGGAGCAGGGGGAGGCUGGUGGUUCCUCCACACCCAGGCUCCGAGGGAAGGUGGUGAGGCAGGCCAGCGUGGAUGGCAGUGGGGAGGAGGGUGAGGCCUGAGCCCUCACACAUGCCCACGGCCCCCUAGACACAAAUAGAGGGGCCGGCACACAGCUCCUGGGAGGAGCACCCUUCACUCCUGCCCGCCUGUCCACAUUCCUUUUAGCUCCUCCCCAGGUGACCCCAAGACUCCAUCACUACAGCCUCAGCUGCUACAGCCUUAAGUCUCAGACAUGUCCAUCUUUCCAAGGGCUCAAGACCUUCUCUGUCGAUAAUGGGGAUGUGACAGAGACGACGCUGACAAUACCUUUGAGGGCAAGAGCGCCUUGUUUUCAUUCUCCAUUGCUGCCCGAAACAUCCACUUGCAGCCACAGAAUUAAAAAAAACUGAGUUUCCCAGUGCAGAAAGGCUCAUGCUCACUCCCUCACCCAUUCCCACCUGCCUCACCCGUCCUCUUCCUUCCUGGGGUCCACUAAGCCAGAGAACCAGCAGCGCAUAAAGGCCGAGAGUGACCUCAGUCCCCAGUCCUGGUGGCGCUGAGGAGUGGAGAGCUGGCCCACAGAUGGGGCUGGCGGGUGGGCCUCCUUCCCACACUCCACACCAGCUGAUCUUUUGCUGCUGCCCCAAACUUAUCACUACUCCCCCGCAGCACUGCACUGGGUCACAGGACACCGGGCCAAAGAGAGUCUUCUUUUUGUCCUUCACAGUCUUCUUCAUAGUAUUGGGCUUUGUACUUAGAAAUAAACAUUUUCAUACUAUUUUCACUUUUAUGAUAAAA